AUGUCAGAGAAAUCGGAUUAUGAAUUGGCAUUGGAGCCAUUCAAAGAAGAUAUGCCACCUUUGGAUCCAGAAUCAAAUAAGAAACGUUAUUUAAUUAAAGAUGGUGGGAAACCUCAUUUCGAUCUGGAUGGUACUGUGAAGAGAUUCCAACAUUUAUUAGGAUUGAGUGGUUUAUUUAGACAUUUCAUUGAAGGGAAGGCCAAGAAAGAUGAUAGAUUUCAAAGAGUGUUGGAUAUCUUAGAUGAUGAUGGUAAUAAAAAAGGUAAAGGUCGUGCUGGUCAUCAAGAUAAAAGAAGACGUAAGACCGAAACAGAAGAAGAUGCAGAGUUAUUAAAGGGCGAAACUGAUGGAGAUGAAGAAAAUUUGGAGUUUCAAUUCCGAGAAUCUCCAGGUUAUAUUGAUGGUCUUUUAAGAUCAUAUCAAAUCCAAGGUGUUAAUUGGUUAAUUUCUUUACACAAGAAUGGAUUAGCAGGUAUAUUAGCGGAUGAGAUGGGGUUAGGUAAGACAUUACAAACGAUCACAUUCUUAGGGUAUUUAAGAUAUGUGGAGAAAAAACCUGGUCCAUUUUUAGUGAUUGCACCUAAAUCUACAUUAAACAAUUGGUUAAGAGAAAUCAAUAAAUGGACACCAGAUGUGAAUGCCUUUAUCUUACAAGGUGAUAAAGUGGAAAGAUCUGAGUUGAUCAAGACGAAAUUACUUGAAUGUGAUUUUGAAAUAGUUGUUGCAUCUUAUGAAAUUAUCAUUAGAGAAAAAGCUGCAUUCAGAAAGAUUGACUGGGAAUAUAUUGUUAUUGAUGAAGCUCAUCGUAUUAAAAAUGAAGAAUCCAUGUUAUCCCAAGUUUUGAGAGAAUUCAGUUCACGUAAUCGAUUAUUAAUUACUGGUACUCCAUUACAAAACAAUUUACAUGAACUUUGGGCAUUAUUAAAUUUUCUUUUACCUGAUAUUUUCUCGAGUUCUGAAGAUUUCGAUUCAUGGUUUUCAUCUAAUGAAUCUGAAGAGGAUCAAGAUAAAAUUGUGAAGCAAUUACAUACGGUGUUACAACCAUUUUUAUUACGUCGUAUUAAAAGUGAUGUGGAAACUUCGUUAUUGCCUAAAAAGGAAUUGAAUUUAUAUGUGGGGAUGUCUAAUAUGCAAAAAAAAUGGUAUAAACAAAUCUUAGAAAAGGAUUUAGAUGCAGUUAAUGGUUCUAAUGGGAAUAAAGAAUCCAAGACCAGAUUAUUAAACAUUGUUAUGCAAUUAAGGAAAUGUUGUAAUCAUCCAUAUCUAUUUGAUGGAGCAGAACCGGGUCCACCAUAUACUACAGAUGAACAUUUAGUUUAUAAUUCUGCUAAAUUGAAUGUAUUAGAUAAAUUAUUAGAAAAAGUGAAAGAAGAAGGUUCACGUGUUUUGAUUUUCAGUCAAAUGUCUAGAGUAUUGGAUAUUAUGGAAGAUUAUUGUUAUUUCCGAGGAUAUGAAUAUUGUCGAAUUGAUGGUCAAACAGCUCAUGAGGAUAGAAUUGCUGCGAUUGAUGAAUAUAAUGCACCAGAUUCGAGUAAAUUUAUCUUUUUAUUGACCACACGUGCUGGUGGGUUGGGUAUUAAUUUGACGACAGCCGAUAUAGUUGUAUUAUUUGAUAGUGAUUGGAAUCCACAAGCGGAUUUACAAGCUAUGGAUAGAGCUCAUCGUAUUGGUCAGAAGAAGCAAGUGAAAGUGUAUAGAUUUGUUACUGAUAAUUCUGUGGAGGAAAAAAUUCUUGAGAGAGCCACACAAAAAUUGAAAUUGGAUCAAUUGGUUAUUCAACAGAAUCGUACGUCUACACAAAAGAAGAAACAAAAGGAAAAACAAAAUGAACAAAAAGAUGCAUUAUUAUCAAUGAUUCAACAUGGUGCUGCAGAUGUUUUCAAAUCCGGGAACACUAGUACAGGAUCAAGUGCAAGAGGUACACCACAUCCAAGUGGUACUACGAGUGGUAAUGAUGAUGCAGCAGAGAAAGAAGCAAUUGAUUUGGAAAGUAUCUUGGAAUUAUCAGAAGGUAAAACACAAUCGUUGAAUCAGAAAUAUGCGACUUUAGGGUUGGAUGAUUUACAAAAAUUCAAUCAAGAUUCAGCAUAUGAAUGGAACGGUACAGAUUUCAAGAAAAAGACAGUGGAAAAGGAUAUUAUCAGUCCACUUUGGAUCAAUCCUACCAAGAGAGAACGUAAAGAGAAUUAUAAUAUCGAUGGGUAUUAUAAAGAUGUAUUGAACACGGGGAAGACGACGACACCAACACAACCAAGAAUGCCCAAACCACAUGCGUUUAAUAGUCAUCAAUUCCAACCUCCUCAAUUGAAAGUUCUUUAUGAAAAGGAAAGAAUGUGGACUGCGAAGAAGACUGGAUAUAAACCUACGAUGGAAGAUGUGAAGAAUACGUAUGGUGAGAUUGAAGAGGAGGAGAAAAAAAAACAAUUAUUGGAAUUAUUGAAUCUUUCGAUCCAUAACGCACAAGAAUUAAGUGAAGAGGAGAAGCAAGAGAAGUUGGAAUUGGAGAAAAAGGGGUUUACCAAUUGGAAUAAGAUUGAAUUCCGUAAAUUCAUAUCUGCGUCGGGGAAAUAUGGACGUAAUUCCAUUCAAGCGAUAGCUAUGGAAUUAUCUGGUACCAAGACUUUGGAAGAAGUUAGAGAAUAUGCCAAGGCGUUUUGGAAGAAUAUUGAACAGAUUGAAGAUUAUGAGAAAUAUUUGAAAAGUAUUGAAGUGGAAGAGGAAAAAAUACGUCGAGUGAAAUUCCAACAAGAGGCGUUGCGUCGGAAAUUAUCUCAAUGUAAAGCUCCGUUAUUUGAUUUGAGUUUGAAAUUCCCACCUUCGUCGAGUAAUAAGAGGACGUAUUCUGAAGAAGAAGAUCGGUUCAUCCUGUUGAUGCUGUUCAAAUAUGGGUUGGAUCGAGACGAUGUGUAUGAGUUGAUCCGUGAUGAGAUUCGUGAUUCUCCAUUGUUUGAACUUGAUUUUUUCUUUCAAAGUAGAACGCCCACAGAGUUGGCAAGAAGAGGGUAUACCCUAUUGCAAUGUUUGGAGAAGGAGUUUAAUAGUAGUAUUGUUAUGGAUGAGGAGACGAAGUUAAGGAUGAAGAAUGAGGAUGAAGAGGGGAGUAAAGUUCGGGAAGAGAUGGGUGAGGCGAGUGGGGCGAAUGGAACAAGUGAAACGAGUGAAACGAGUGGAACUACGGAUGGACAUAUUGAUAAGAAGAUGAAAGUAUAG